GAAUGACAAGUGACGACAAAGUCACUUAUGAAUGUCAUCCAUUUAAAGAUUUUCCUUUCAAUUUAGGUGUAAUAAUUUUACAUAGGUAAUUCUUUUCCGAUCAGUUGGCAUUUUUAUUUUACUUGAUAUGGCAGCUCCUGCUCCUGUUGUUAUUUUAGCGACUGCUAAACAUACGGCUACGUUAAUAUUUCUACAUGGAUUAGGAGAUACAGGAAUCAAGUUUUUGUAUCUAGUCCAGUUUGAUGAAUAUCCUUUUCCAGGAAUAAAGAAUGCCGCUAAGCAAAUUCAUUCCCUCAUCGAGAAAGAGGAAUCGGCCGGCAUUCCUUCGAAUAGGGUCCUUCUUGGGGGAUUUUCAAUGGGCGGCGCAUUAGCAAUCUACUCUUCCCUCACUUAUCCCAAGCCACUAGCAGGAGUCGUAGGUUUAUCGUGUUGGUUGCCGCUGAAUAAAUCUUUUCCGCAAGCGAUGAAGAGUGGUGACAGUUUACCGAUUCUCCAAUGUCAUGGCGACUGUGACCCGGUGGUGCCUGUCAAGUGGGGUCAGAUGACAGCGUCCUUACUGAAAACAUUUUUGCACAACAGCACUGAAUUCAAAUUGUACAGAGGAUUGAUGCACACCUCCUCAGAAGAAGAACUAGAAGAUAUCAGACAAUUCGUCAGCAAACACCUUUCUCAAUAGACCAAGAUCCUUUCAGUUCAGUUAAAAUCCGUUCAAAACCAAAGCUUGUAAUUUGCUCCUGAGAUUGAAACAAAAUACAUUCCUUUUCAUGACGAGUAGAAAGAAUAACUUUGCUCGUGGUCGAUCGGGGCAUCUCCACGAAAUAGUUUUUUCCAAAUGAUUUGUAAUGGUAAUGUUAAUUUUCGAGUUUGGUUCUCAGUGUGGCUGGUUGAUGUGUUUCAAUUAAAAAUAAUGCCUGUUCUGUUUAAGAGUUCAAAAUUGAUUUUUUGAUCUGAAAACAUACUAUAAAGGCAGGUUUAAUGGGGAGGCUCAACCAAGGUGACGCAACCUUCUUAAAUAAUCUGUCUUAAAUAAUCCGUCGCUUCAAAAUAAACUUAUGCUACUUAAAAAUGUACCUACACAUUUUUCUCUAAAAGAUGGCACCCACAUUGUCGUUUCAAUGUUUAUGUUGAUUUUCAUAAGAAUAUUGGCGCCCAACGUGGGGCCAUAUGUAUAUAAAUUAAAUAUUUCAUAAUGUGAUGCAUCGUUACCAAAUGGGUCAGUUAUGAGAAAGGAAAUAUAUUAAGAUUUCAGGUUCACGGGAUAAUAAUAGUAAUAAAAAUAGUUGGUGACCAAAACUCUUGUCACUGAGAUGGAACCCGAUCAGUAGAAAACCCCACAUGAAAGCCGCUGAGAUCAAUUUGGUCCUGCAUUUUCAUAAGGAUUAGCCUGAUAAUCCUGACUAUCACUUUUCUCAGGUCAAGUGAGCUGGAAUCUAAGAAACAGAUCAUCUCACGAGCACGGUAGAACUAAACCUGUAUAAUAAUUUGCACCAAAACUAUUGAGUAGUCCAUAUUGAUGUGAAUUGUUAAUAAAGAUCCUAUACUACU